GGACCAAUCAGAUGUGGGGUUGGUGAGCUGUUAGAGGACUCCUUCCUCUCUUCCUUGGGCUGAAAGUGCUAAACUCAGCUCUGCAGGGGGGUCAAAGAGGCCAGUAGUCAGUGGUGGACUGGGGGCCCCCACACUUUUAGGAAGGGUUUCCCAUCUACUGGAAAUUUCUACAAUAUGGGUGCAAAAGAAAGAAAUGAGUACUUUCCUCUAGCAGAGAAAUUGAAACUCAAAGGGCAGAUGAAGACUCAUCAGCUAAAGCCAGUAACCAUGGCAGUAGCUGGGAGUGGGUGAGGCACAUAACACGACACGGGACAGAACCCUGGCUGUAUUGUGUUCAGGCAGUGACAAACUCAUCUGUGUAGUCAUCAUUCUGUCUCUUACAUGCCAGCUUUCACACCAACAAGUGGGGGCCUGGGCAGUAAAGUGAAUGUAGAGCCCCUGCCCUCACGGGGUUGACAGUCUCGGGGAGGCGGUUACAGAACUGUGUAGGAAGGGUGCCCGGCCCGGCCUUGGAGUGGGGGCCCUGAAGUAUGAGUAGAAAGGAGCUGGCCAAGUGGAAAGCAGGGAGGGGUCAGGAGACCCUGCAGAGGGAAGGGCAUGCGCAGUGGGGCCUCGCGGGGAGCAGGGAGCUUGUGAGGCUUGCAGGCCACCUCCCACCACCGUGCCCAGGAAGAUACAGUUCGAGGCCCAUCUCAGCCGAGAAUCCCGGUCUCUUGGCAGUUGGCCAACAUCUGUGUGACCUGUGGUAGGCUGAGCUGAGUGCAGUUGCAGGGGUUAUAAAACAGUGGUCCCUGUUCUUAAAAUGGGAAGAGUGUGUCUGUGCGUCCGUCAGACCCUGAGUUGUUACAGUAUCCGUGGCACAUCAGUUGCACUAAACUCCAAGAAUACUGACAAGUUUUGUCUUUGUCCUCCUCCUCCACUCACCUCCUCCCUGUGCCCUGGAGGAGCCGCCAGGGCCUCCUUCACUUGUUCCCAGGGCCCGAUGUCGGAGGCCAUGGAGCAGCCAGCCACGAGUCCUGGAAAGCCAAGGCCGGGAGAGGGUGGUGACGGCGGCACAGAGACGGGCACCUGCCAGGAGCUCCUGCACCGGCUGCGGGAGCUGGAGGCAGAGAACUCGGCGCUUGCCCAGGCCAAUGAAAACCAGCGGGAGACCUAUGAGCGCUGUCUAGAUGAGGUUGCCAACCACGUGGUACAGGCGCUGCUAAACCAAAAGGACCUGCGGGAGGAGUGCAUCAAGCUGAAGAAGAGGGUGUUUGACCUGGAACGGCAGAACCAGAUGCUCAGCGCCCUGUUCCAGCAGAAGCUCCAGCUGACGACAGGCUCCCUCCCCCAGAUCCCACUUACCCCACUCCAGCCUCCAUCAGAGCCACCAGCCUCUCCCUCCUUGAGCUCUGUCGAGGGACCGACCACCUCGCUGCCUCUGGGGCACUGUACUGGACAGAGAGAGGUGUGUUGGGAGCAGCAGCUGCGGCCAGGAGGCCCAGGACCCCCAGCCGCCCCGCCCCCAGCGCUGGAUGCCCUGUCCCCUUUCCUUCGAAAGAAAGCCCAGAUCCUGGAGGUGCUGAGAGCCCUGGAAGAGACGGACCCCUUGCUUCUUUGCUCACCUGCCACUCCCUGGCGGCCUCCAAGCGAGGGUCCUGGCUCCCCAGAGCCCAUCAACGGCGAGCUGUGUGGCCCACCCCAGCCUGAACCCUCAUCCUGGGCCCCCUACUUGCUACUAGGCCCUGGUAGCCUGGGAGGCCUGCUACACUGGGAGCGCCUCUUGGGGGGCCCAGGGGAGGAAGAGGGUGCUGGGCGGCCCUGGGGCCCUAGUAGAGUCUCCUCCCAGGCCCAAGGCACUGGCUCUGGGCCUCCCUGUGCCCCAGGCAGCAGUUCCUCUUCCUCCUCUGAUGAGGCAGGUGACCCCAACGAGGCACCCAGCCCUGACACCCUGCUUGGAGCCUUAGCCCGCAAACAGCUGAACUUGGGCCAGCUCCUUGAGGACACAGAGUCUUACCUACAGGCCUUCUUGGCCGGGGCUGCAGGCCCACUCAGUGGGGACCAACCAGGUCCUGGGCAGCCAUCUUCCCCAGACCAGGGGCCCCCACAGCUGUCCAAGUCCAAAGGCCUCCCCAAGUCAGCUUGGGGUGGGGGUACCCCAGAGGCCCACAGGCCGGGCUUUGGUGCUACCUCAGAGGGCCAGGGGCCCCUCCCCUUCCUCAGCAUGUUCAUGGGUGCAGGUGAUGCCCCCCUGGGCUCUCGGCCUGGCCACCCCUACUCCUCAUCUCAGGUGAAAAGCAAGCUCCAAAUUGGCCCCCCUUCUCCUGGGGAAGCCCAGGGACCCCUUCUGCCCUCUCCAGCCAGAGGUCUCAAGUUUCUAAAGUUGCCUCCAGCCUCAGAGAAGGUGCCCAGCCCAGGAGGCCCCCAGCUCAGCCCCCAGCUUCCCCGGAACUCCCGAAUUCCUUGUCGAAACAGCGGCUCAGAUGGCAGCCCCUCCCCAUUGCUGGCCCGCAGGGGUCUGGGUGGAGGAGAGCUGUCCCCGGAGGGGGCACAGGCCCUGCCUACCAGUCCUUCACCCUGCUCCACGGCCCUGGACUCUGCACAGUUGAGACCUCCCCAGCCAGCCUUGUCCACCACGCUGUCCCCGGGACCUGUGGUAUCCCCCUGCUAUGAGAACAUCCUAGACCUUUCCCGGAGCACCUUUAGGGGACCUUCCCCAGAGCCACCUCCUUCCCCACUGCAGGUACCCACCUACCCACAAUUAACUCUAGAGGUGCCACGGGCCCCUGAGGUCCUCAGAAGUCCUGGAGCUCCUCCCAGCCCUUGCCUCCCAGAAUCCUGCUCCUAUGGGAGUGCCCAGGAGAAGAGUUUGGACAAAGCAGGCUCAGAGUCUCCCCAUCCUGGCCGCAGGACCCCAGGCAGCUCAUCCAAGAAGCCCAGCCAGGGGGCAGGGCGGCGACCUGGGGAUCCUGGCUACACACCUCUGCGGGACAGACUGGCAGCCCUAGGGAAACUGAAGACUGGCCCUGAGGGGCCAGAGAAAAACGGGGUGCCAGCCAGGCCUGGCACUGAGAAGUCCCGGGGAGCAGGGAGGUCAGGGGAGAGCGCUGGAGACAUGGCACCCCCCGCCCCCAGGCCUCCCGAGGGGCCAGACGCCAAGGGGGCCUUGCGGGGGGCACUGGCCUUAGGCACAAACAGCCUGAAGCAGCAAGAACCUGGGCUCCUGGGAGACCCCGGGGCCCGAGUCUACUCCUCCCACUCCAUGGGGGCCCGGGUGGACCUGGAGCCUGUCUCACCAAGGAGCUGCCUCACCAAAGUGGAGUUGGCCAAGAGCCGGCUGGCAGGGGCCCUGUGCCCCCAGGUACCCCGUGCCCCUGCCAAAGUGCCAACCUCAGCCCCCAGCCUUGGCAAGCCCAAUAAGAGCCCCCAUGGCAGCCCUACAAAGCUGCCUUCCAAGUCACCCACCAAGGUGGUACCCCGACCUCUGGCCCCACCAACUACCAAGGAGCCCCCCAAGCCUGACAAGAGCAAGGGCCCACCUUGGGCAGAGUGUGGCAGCACUACCGCCCAGCCUACUUCCCCCGCGCCCAGCCCUGCUGACCCAAGCCAAGGCCCUGAGGGGCGGGCCCCACACUCCGCCAUCGAGGAGAAGGUAAUGAAGGGCAUCGAGGAGAAUGUGCUGCGGCUCCAGGGCCAGGAGCGGGCGCCAGGCGCUGAGGCCAAGCACCGCAACACCAGCAGCAUCGCCAGCUGGUUUGGCCUUAAGAAGAGCAAGCUGCCAGCGCUGAACCGCCGCACAGAGACCGCCAAGAGCAAGGAGGGGGCCAGUGGGGGCUCCCCACUCCGGAAGGAAGUCAAGAUGGAAGCCCGGAAGCUGGAGGCGGAGAGUCUCAACAUCUCCAAGUUGAUGGCUAAGGCGGAAGACCUACGCCGGGCACUGGAGGAGGAGAAGGCCUACCUGAGCAGCAGGGCCCGGCCCCGGGCCGGAGGGCCAGCGCCAGGACCAAGUACGGGGCUGGGGCAGGUGCAGGGCCAGCUGGCUGGCAUGUACCAGGGCGCAGACACCUUCAUGCAGCAGCUGCUCAACAGGGUGGAUGGCAAGGAGCUGCCCCCCAAGAACUGGCGGGAGCCCAAACCAGAGUAUGGCGAUUUCCAGCCAGUGUCCUCUGACCCCAAGAACCCCUGGCCAGCCUGUGGGCCCCGAAAUGGCCUGGUGGGGCCUCUUCAGGGCUGCGGAAAACCUCCUGGAAAGCCAAGCAGCGAGCCGGGAAGGCGGGAAGAGAUGCCCUCCGAGGACAGCCUGGCUGAGCCAGUGCCCACCUCACACUUCACAGCCUGUGGCUCCUUGACUCGAACCCUGGACAGUGGCAUUGGGACCUUUCCACCCCCAGACCAUGGCAGCAAUGGGACCCCCAGCAAGAAUCUUCCCAAGACAAAGCCACCACGGCUGGAUCCCCCACCCGGAGUCCCCCCAGCUCGGCCCCCGCCCCUUACCAAAGUCCCCCGCCGCGCCCACACGCUGGAGCGUGAGGUGCCGGGCAUAGAGGAACUGCUGGUGAGCGGGCGGCACCCUAGCAUGCCAGCCUUCCCCGCUCUGCUCACUGCUGCUCCGGGCCACCGGGGCCAUCAGGCCUGUCCUGACGAUCCGUGUGAGGACCCAGGCCCUCCCCCUCCUGUCCAGCUGGCUAAGAACUGGACCUUCCCCAAUGCGAGGGCAGCCGGCAGCUCCACUGACCCUUUCCUGUGCCCAUCCCGACAAUUGGAGGGGCUGCCCAGGACCCCCAUGGCCCUGCCCAUGGACCGGAAGCAGAACCUGGAGCCCAGCCGUCCAGCCCCUGCACCCCAGGGCCCGACGUUUGGAGGUAGCCGCACGCCCAGCACAUCGGACAUGGGCGAGGAAGGGAGAGUGGCCAGUGGGGGCCCCCCAGGUCUGGAGACCUCAGAGUCUCUCAGUGACUCCCUCUACGACUCGCUCUCCUCCUGUGGGAGUCAGGGCUGAGGGGCUGCACCGCACUACGGUCCCUCUCUGGAGUUGGAGACCACCAACUGGACCAGCUCUCCUGGCGCCCCAUCCCUCGGGGCCAGUGGGGCCCCUCCCUGCAGGGACCAAGGAGGCAGAUGGAAAAGAAGAUGAAGGGGGUCCCUGACACACCCCACUGCCCACUGCUGCUGUGGAGGGGAUGACCGCUCUCAGCUCAGGGAGAGACCCCACCCUUGGUCCCUUCUCUCACCUGGAGUAAGGCUCUUCCCUGAGGGACCGGGGCUUCAAGGUGGCUGUGUCCCAGCCCCCAGCUCCCCCUUCAGGCUGAGCCAUCUUGUGGUGCUGGGCUUCCUGCCCGCCAGCUGUGCCGUCUCUGCCCAACCUGGCUGCUCCCUGCCCUGGAGCCCUGCGGGGCCAGCCCAGAGUCCCCGUGCUGGUGGAGUUUGGGGGCGAAGGGUCAAGUUGCCUUCUCUCUCUGUCUGCCCUGGUCCUCCCUGCUGUCUGGAUGGUGCUGCCCUCCCCCGCCCCAUGUCUCUGGGGUCCGUCUGUCUGUCUUUUUGUUGUUUUUUUAUAUUAAAGCGCCUGGCCCGGUCCCCAUCCCCCAUCCCCGCACUGCGGUUAAUUUAUCUGUCGUUAAGAACUCGGCUGCUCUGCUUCCAGCCUCUGCUUCUGCCCUAUUCCUAAUAAAAUGUGGAGGCCCCUCCCUGC